UGCGCGGCCGAAAACAAAACAAAAAUUUUCAAAAUAUUUCGAAGAAGAAAUCGCGCCAGAUCAAUAGUCCUUAUUUUUUACCAGAAAUUUUAAUAUAUUUUUAAAAAUAUGAAUGUUUCCGCCGAAGAAGAUGCUGAUUUACGUGAUCUGGUAGCACACACGCUCGAAAAUAAUGGAGUACUUGGAAAAAUUAAGGUAGAGUGCUAGAUGUCAAUAUUUUAUUUUGCUGUUUUCACUGGUGUUUAGCUGUGUACAUACUUCCAUACUACAUUUUAACUAACAGUAUUUAUGCUGGAUAGCUCUGUCAGUUCUAAACUUCUCUUGCUAGAGGUCUAGUAAAGGACAUUCCUCAAUAUACGUCUAAAUAAAAUGUUACUGCAGGAGAAAAUUGGAGUACUUGGAGAAAACCUUACCUGUGGAGCUGUGGUGUUUGAUCACAGAUUAAGUAUGAACCAGAUGUAUAACUUCAGUAAAAAAGUUGUCCGACGGUCGCCAUCUUCCUAGGAAAUUUGAGGAAUUUUUACACAUCAGGGCCCGGUUGUAUAAAAAAGUGAUUAAAGUUAACUAUGGUUAAGUGCAAACGUCAUCCAAUAAGAAGCGCCUCUUUGAGAGUUAAUCACUAUUUAACUACAAAAUAGUGAUUAAAAAAGUGAUUAAGAGUUUUAUACAACCGGCCCCAGUCAAUCAUGAAAAUGAGGCUCUAUGAACAAUAUGAUAUACUUUCCAGAUUCAAGAUUCUUUAAUUCAAGUAUGUAUCAAGGCCCAACGUCUUUGGUAGGGAGGCAGGGUGUUUUGUAAAAGAUGUCAUAUUCAUGUAAUUUUUGCAGAAAUGUGUAUUUGACAUCUUGGCCCACCAUUUGUCCAUUGAAGCAAACUGAUUAUUAGCAAGCCUGGUUUAGACUGCAUUAUUCUACCUAGCUCAGCUGGAUAGUUGAUCAUCUUGUGUUGCAGUUUGCAGAACAUGGCACAUUUCAACGAGAUCUCGGGUGUGCUAAACCAGAUUUCUGAGUGCAGGUGCAUUUGAAAUCAUCAGGUGCACACCUGGAAAGUUGUAAAAAUCACCCCAAGUGAGACUUUCUUACUGUGCAAGUGCAGAAUCGGUCUACUUUCUUCGUCUUUCUGUCUUACAACGCUACAAAUGUGAAAUGUUGAAACAUCUGCUAAUAUCUGUCUUUCAACAACUUUGAUUUCUCCAACGUACUAGUCUGCGAUAGCAGACUGAUCCCGACCCCCCUGGAGCGGCAGAGAAACAGUCUGCGAUCAAUCAACACUAAUGCCGUACAGUUACGAUUCAAGCAGUAUUUUGCAUAAUUAAUUUAAAAUUAUUUAAAAACUGUCAAGUCCAAGAUGGUGGAUGCAGAGCAACUAUGAAUUAUUAUACAUAAUGUAAUUUAUGCAAUUUUCGGUGUGAUCACAAAGGAAAAUUUCAACCAAAAAUGUUCCACCCCCCCUGUUGUGCGGGGGAUUUUAACUGUACAGCAUUAGUGUUGAUUGAUCACAGACUGUUUCUUCGCCGCUCCAGGGGGUCGGCUGAGAUCAGUUUGUCUUACUCAACCAAUCCAAGUGCACCUUUAGGAAUCAAUCUAACAGAAGCACUGAGGUCAGGUGUGCUAUAUUUUGAAAGAGAAUUUGCUCUCGGGUGCGCUUCUGCCACGUUCUGCAAACUGGCUUGUGUUGAUAUCUUUGGGUAUUUCUUGGUUUAGGCUGAACUACGAGCAAAUGUUUUUAUGGUUUUAGAUGCUCAAGACAAAAAUGAGACGGUAUGAAUAUUAAUAUUUUUAUUUUAUAGUCGAUGUAGAAUACUGCAAUUUUGACCCAAUCUAUCUAUAAUCUAUGCCCUGUAAAUUACUAAAUACUCUCCUCAGUGCUUCCAUUUUUAAAAUCAAAAUUUCUCAUUUUUGUCAUCAAAAUUUCUCUAAAUUCCUUAGAUUGUAUAUGUUAUUUCCUUGAAAAUUCCUUGAAAUUUCAUGAAGCAGUUUGCAGUGAUUUUGUAGCAAUACAAAGGAUUUAAUUACUUUUCAAGGCACAAAAUACCACAGUUAACAAAGAUAUGGGCUAGCUAAAAACCACAGGCUAUUAUACUGUUUAAAAUUAAAUAUUUGUUAUGAAUUUACAAGAGAUACCUUUACAUUGAUAUGAUUAAUUAACUAUUCACAACGCUUGGCGCCAAAAGUUACUAAAUCCCAUCGCUCAAAAACUUUCUGAAAUUUUCGGAAACACGAGGAAAAAGUUAAAAACAGAUCUUUAAUUAAGGAAAAUACUAAUUCGCUGACCUCAGAAUGACAUUUCGUCAAAACUUUUUUCUUCAAGAUUGGUUUAGAAACAAACUUGGAGUAGGGUUAGGUUAGGGAUAGGGUUGGGGUUAGGAUUAUGGUUAGAGUUGGUGUUUGGAAUAGGGUUAGUGUUAGUAAAACCGUUGCAUUGUUACGUUUUGUCACUUUGAGGCCAGCGAAAUAACCUCUUCCUUUAAAGAUAAUUAAUUGAUAAUUCACUCAAAAUUUAAAAAAAUGGAAACCUUCUUCUGCACUAAUGCGCUUGGAUGAAUACUUAGGUUUUUCGGAAAAAAUCCUUAGAUUUCCUUAGAUUUUUUCUCUUCCUUAGAUUUUCCUUUUCGACAGUAGAAUUUCCUUAGAAAAGGAAAUUUCCUUGAAAAUGGAAGCACUGACUCUCCCCUUCACAAAGUAAAACAUGUGACAUUUGGCAGAGCAGUGUCAGAUACUAGGGGUGCAAGGGCAACCUCCUCUCCCCUCCCAACAUUUAGCAAUGCUGCAGGAAUAACUUUUUCCAUCAUGGUAGACAAAAGGUGAUCAUCUGGUGCAGGGUUUUUUCAGGGAUUUUUUCAGGCCGUUAAACGGCCCCAAAAACUCAAUCUUGUAUUGAGUUUUGAAACUCAAUCUUCUCACCAAAGUUUCAGUGCAGUAAAAAUGAAGUUGUUUGAGUUAUAAAAUUUUGUGACGUGUGGAAAUUAGUUUUCAGUUGGAAGCCCGACAAGCCAUCUUUAACCAUUUUAUAGUGUCCCUGCUUUAACACAUUCCGUCUCAAUUACAUUUAUUGAGUACAGGUGUCAGCCCCCCGGUAGGGGGGGGGGUGCAGCCACCCCAACUGUUCAGCUAAACUCGAUCUUCUCUGCAAAAACGGACCCAAGAGAAAAUCCUGGAAAAAAACCUGUGAUGGAAACCCAAAUUUUACCCCCCAAUAUUUUGCAAAGUGCCUGCCACUGAGGUAGAGUAAAAUGUAAAAUAGUAAAGUAAUGGAUUUGCAAGAGGCAUGGGUAGACAUAGCAAAAAUGAUCUGAAUGAAAAAGUAAUGAUGACAUACAUAAUGCAUAUUGAGGCAUUUGAAGGGUUUUUGUAGAUCGAGCUGAAAGUUGUGUACAGUUUUCAGACCCAACCAGUCCCUGAGCAUCUGCAAAAAUGCAACCAUGGACCCUCUGGCAGGAAUCGAACCUGCAGCCCUGUGAUUCCGGUGCAGUGCUCUAACCAACUGGGCUACAUAAUCCAGUUGUUGAGCUCUAACCACAAGUUCAACUUGGUAGAUCUGAACAUUGUAUAUAACCUUCUGCUCAAAUUUCCAUCUACAAAGAUCCUUCAACUAGCUGUUAGUUCUAUCGAGCUCAUUUUCACCCAGUGAUGAAACCUUCAGAAUCCAAGAUGCUGAAACAUCUAGUCGACAAUGAGGCAUUGUGUGUUUUAAUUAAAUAAUCCACAGCCAUACUGAAUAAUUGAAUUUUUAUAGAAUCAACUUCCAGUCAUUAAUGAGAAUCUAAAAAAUUUCAUAAAGACUAAAGAAGGUAACCUGGUAGCCAUUAAUACCAACUGAAUAAUCCUCCCUUGCCAGUUGCCAAGUAAAAUUGUCUUGUAUUAGACAAAGUGAAAUAGUAAAAGUUGUGCACAUGGGCUGCUAGGUUUACAGGUCUUAUAUAUCUGAUGAGAAAGCUUUGGAUUGACAGGGAUGCAAAUACCUGAAAAGUACAAGGAACUUCAAUGUUUCAAGUGAACUGGCCUUUGUUUGAAACAUUGAAGUUCUCCUUGUAAGACAGCUAGUUGUAUCAUUAUCAAUCCAGGGUCUGAAAUUUAUAUUUUUUCUCAGUAUCCAACUAGGAUACCAGGAUUCAAAGUUUAUGAUGAUUCUGAUGAUUUAAUAACUUGCACAUUUUUUAGGUCGACUUGUGACUGGUUUGGUUCGAGAGUUUUUAGAAUUUUUUGGUUUAGAAUAUUCACUGGCAGUGUUUGAUCCUGAGUCUAGCUUUGUAAGUAUAUAUGCUGUGUUUUUCACCUCCCCUGAGAAUUUUUGCACCUCUCCUGAAAAGUCAUGCACCUCCCCUUAUGGAAGUUUCAAUGAUAGAUCAGUCAGAGUGAAAAUUUGACAUUUUUUCGUUGCUUAGGGUCUAUACUUCGUAUGAACGUUUUUCUGUAAAAUCGAAACAGUGAUAGCCAUUCAUCAUUCAUGUUUUAAAAGAAACUUUGUAGUAAUUAUAAUGAAGGGCAUAAUUGGAUGAGUUGUACAGUCAUAAUUCAUUAAUAAAAGUUCUGAUACAUAUGUACACUACAUGCAUACGUCACGUCGUUGGUUUGGCCCGUUCUAAGCCCUAACUUUCCAUGGGAGUCGUGAGGUAGACCGCUGCACCUCCCCUAAAUUUUUUUCCACCUCCCCACUAUUUCCACCAAAACCCAUCCUUGUGCUGUCUUUGAGCUAACUAAUACUAUGUUACCACACCUAGGGUGAUCGUUAUCAAGGCAGAGAAGGUUUAGCAGACGAACUUAACGUCAACAAUGUUGUCAGUAGUUCGAAACCUAUCAUAUCUUCACUUGUUGAAAACCAUUCGCAAACUGGGAUGCCAAAACUGGAUCUGGGGUCCAUUAGCGAGGUAUGAGAAAUCUAAAACUAAAGUCGAACCUCCGUAAUAGACCUUUCCCCUUAUGAGUGAAAUUUUGAUCUAGAUAUGCCUGGACAAAAAUUUCAUCACAGCUUGAAAGAGCAUCACAAAAUUAGUAAUAUUCCAAAGUUUCGUUGCGAAAUGUUGUAAAAUGCGGCUAAUAUAGCUUUGCGAAGUUUGCCGUUUUUCAGUCAUUUUGCAUUACAAACGGGAAACUGAUAAUCGGAUGAUCAAACUGAUUAUCAAUUUCCCAUUUGUAAUACAAAACGACUGAAAAACGGCAAACUUCGCAAGGCUAUAUUAUCCGCAUUUUACAACAUUUCGCAACGAAACUUCGGAAUAUUACUAAUUUUGUGAUGCUCUUUCAAGCUGUGAUGAAAUUUUUGUCCAGACUUGUCUAGAUCAAAAUUUCACUCAAAAUGGGAAAGGUCUAUUGAUACGGACACAGGAUAGGACCACAAAAUUAACCACAACGUGAUAAUGCAAUUAAAGUGAAUAUUAAACGUUGUAUUGAUCUGUAGGAUAUACUGAAGAAAGGACGUGUUAGUCCAGAAAUAUCACCGAGAUCAGUAUCCUCUGGUAGUCGGGUAAGAAUUUUUUGUUUAUACUGGACAGCUCUGUCAUUUCAAAACUGCACGUUCUCCCUAGAGAUUCAGUUAGGGCCAAGGGCGGAUCUAGCCUCAUCUGCAAGGAGGGGUGCAGGUUUUUCAUGGGGUGGUGCAUGAGGGAGGGGAGCCCCCGUGCUCCCCCACGGUAGAUCCGCCUGCGGUUAUUAAGGCGAUUACUUAUUUGUCUAGUGCACAAAAUGUAUUGAUGUGUGUCUUGCUUUGCUUUAUUUCAGAACAGCAGUCCUAGAGUAAGCAGAAUUCCUCAGCGAAUAAAAGAAAAGAAAAAAACAGAGAAAUCUGAAAUUAAGACACCCAAAGAUUCCGACAAAUCUCUUGACGAAGAAUUAAAACCUACAGGACACAAAACAGGGUAAUAUAGUCAGGAUUGAACCUGAUUUUUGCUGUUCGGCCGGAUUCUUUGACAGUAAAAAAGUUGAUCAAGAUAGAGGUUUCUUAUUAUAAAGAUACAUUACAUUUCUCCUUAGAAUGACCCAAAUAUUACACAUACCAAAAAUUAAAAUAUUUAAAUUGGGGUUAGUCGUAUUCCAAUUUUGUUUUCUCUUAUCUCUAAAAGGAAUGCAGAUUUGAGUGUAAGUUUGAACGACGAUGACAUCUUGGCUGAGUUUACAAAACCGCGUUAUACUUCAUCGAAAGACAAAGCCAACAGCGAGUACGUAUUAAUGAUGAGAUUAUUAGCAGUUUGUAGUGCAGCCCAGUUUCAUCUUGAUGCUUUUCCAACAAUAUCAUGCAUUCUAUUUAAGUUUUAAGAUAGAGUCAUAGUUGGAACAGUCAUCAAACCUUUAUUAUGGUAAUCUAGUAAAUCUAGAGCUUGAAUUGUCCGCCGUAUGUAAACUCUCCCCUCGUUUGACUAGCGCGGUAUAAAACAGGGUUUUAUAUUUGUGCAAAUGGUUUUAUAUCUAUACAGCUAUACUGUAUAUAUAUACUCAAAGACCAUAACCAUUCUUAAAAACUGGUAUUUUGUUAUUAAACAGAGUGUUCUAUGCUAGUGUGUAACGAUAACUACAGUAUAUCAAAGUUAAGUGUAUACUAAAAUUUUUGUCUGAAUUUUUUAGGACCAAGAAAGGAUUUUUAUUAGGUAUGCUUACUACAAUAAAUUGCCUUUAAAUUGUACUAUUCGCUACCUUACUAGAUUUUAUAAUUUGUAUAGAUGAAGACACAAGCCGACCAUCUUUUGAAGAAUCUUGGCUUCAUAAUGCAGGCAAGAGUAGUCUACCAUCACUUAAAGAUCGAUCUUUGACAUCAGGUGACUUGGUUAAUGAAACAUUUGUAUAUGUUGUUUGUUAGUACAUGUAUUCCCUCUCUUUAUAUCUGGUGUUUGAUUCCUCAAUAUGUAGUUUUCUAAUUCCGUAAAUUCGCAAUCUAGGUCCGAAAGAUCUCGGAGUUUCGAAAGGUUCUGCAGACUUUAAAGAACUCGAAGAAAUCGAUCGUAGAAUUAAUGAACUGGGUUUUGGUGAGUAUUUAUAGACCGUUAUAUAUAAAUAAUGCACUUUUUUAUAAUCCAUGCAUGGUCAUAUAAUAGACAAUCUAUAUAUAGUCUACUCAUCUAUCAUCUAUAGUUCGAUCAUCUAUCAUCUAUAGUCUGAUCAUCUAUAGUCUGAUCAUCUAUCAUCUUUAGUCUGAUCAUCUAUAGUCUGAAUCUGUUUGAUCAUCUAUCAUGUCUAUGUAUAGUAUAUAGUCUGAUCAUCUCUCAUCUAUAGUCUGAUCAUCUAUAUUAUAGUCUAUUCAUCUAUCAUCUAUAUUAUAAUCUGACCAUCUAUAAUCUAUAGUCUGAUUAUCUAUAAUCUAUUUUGGCUGCCAUCUAUAGUCUAUUCAUCUACAAUCUAUAGACUAUUCGUGAAUCAUAUAUAGUUUAUCCAGUCUAUAACAACGCAUCAAAAUCAUAUUGGUUUUAAAUUAUAAAACAAGUAAUUUAAUAAUCAUAAUGAUUUCAGGACUUCCCGCUGAAGACAAGGCCUCGAGUCACGGAGAUGACUACAAUGACAGCUAUGCUGACGAUUUUCAUCCCAGGUAAAAAUAAAUGAUUUUAUUUUUAAACAGCAUUACAAACUGAACAAUAUAAUUCUAGCAAUACAGCAAUAUUUACAUUAUUCUGCUGUAAACCCUCUGUUUUGUAGCACGCACAGCAAUGAGGACAAUUCCAGCAUCCCUGAAGAAAUUGACGGUGAAGCUUUCUCACUUGGCAGUUUUAAAAGUGACCAUAGCAAGGUAAUAUGCACUCUCAUUGAGCUACUGAGCUAGGUGUAGAACUGAGAACUGAAGCGAUAACCAGAGGGAGGGAGGGCUUUCAAGGGGGGGGGACGAGGCGUAUUGGGUCCAUGGUCCAUGGGAUAUACCUGUUAAGGCCAUGUUACACGGUGCAAUUUUUCUUGCAACUUGCAAUGCAAUUCUACUCUUGAGAGAUGUAAAAUUGCCAAAUACGAGUCUUCAUUACACUCCGCUGAUGUUUUCUCAAACAUAUCGAAAAUUCUUCACUGAUUUCACUAAUUAACAUCUCUCAAGAGUAGAAUUGCAUUGCAAGUUGCAAGAAAAAUUGCACCGUGUAACAUGGCCUUUGGGGUUUCGUUGCAAAUUUUCAACCUAAAAGAUUUCCUCAGCUGUUUAACAUUUUUUGCUAGUGGUGCUCCUACAAAGUUGAUAUCUGCUAUCACAUAUUAAUUAACCUUUCAUGUUUACAGGCUGAUGAUUUGGUCACAUCAGAUCGAACGAUAUCACCUGUUGAUGAUUUUAAAGACUUGGAUUAUGGUGAAACUGUGAAUAAUUUUUAAUCAAUACAAACUAUUUAUUCAGCAUAUACAUAAAAAUUAUUUAUUUGGGGGGAGGGAAAGAGACAACAGCGAUUGGAUUUGAGUGAUUUUGUGUCUGGAAUUUCACUGCAAAUCUCAGGCGGAAACUAUAGUCGCUUGGCCCAACGACUAAAAAGGUUCCCAAGCAUUUAAAUUUCACAUCUGAGCUAGGGAGGACGAACACGCAUCAGCUGAUCAGAUUUGACAAUGGCGAAUAUAAUAUAUAUAAAAGUAUAAUAUUUUUUAUGAAGAUAACGGUUUUACAUGAUUUUUAACGUAUAUGACUCCAUGAAGGUCGCCUUUGAUUUUCUGAGGUGCGAUCAUUGUCACAGUACAUUUGCCACUAUGUGCUCAAUCAAGUAUGAUUAUUUAUAUGCUAUGCUCUUUAGCUGUAAAUUUACACUGUAAACUACUGUUAACAGCUAAAUAAAUACAUUUAAUGUAUAA